AUGGCGGCGCGUGGGCGCGCGGCGGCGAUGGCGGCGGCGGAGCGGCGGCUGCCGAGCGUGGACGAGUUCGCGGGGCAGAGCUGGAGCGCAUGGGUGGAGCGGGCCGGGCCGCCCGCAGAGCCGGGGUUGGAGCUGGAGGAAAGCAGCAAGGGGAGCAAGAAACUGGACGCCAUGACGCUGAUCAAGGAAGACAUGUCCAUCUUCGGCCACUGCCCUGCGCAUGAUGAGUUCUACCUUGUGGUGUGCAACCACUGCAGCCAGGUGGUGAAGCCUCAGGCCUUCCAGAAGCACUGCGAACGGCGCCACGGCCCGCUCAGCAAGCUGUACGCCAAGUGCCACGCCGUCAACGGGCAGCCGGCGGGCAAAGCGCUGCGGGAUAAAGGGCAGGGAGCGCGCAGCAGGGCACAGCCACUGCCAGAGAAAGCACAGAAGGACAACAACCUCUGCUUGUUCAUGCCGGUGGUGAACCUGGAGAAGAUCCCCAGCCUCCCCAAAGCGGAAGGGCUCAAAGCGACCCCCAAAACCCCCCCCAAAGCGCCCGCUGCACCACCUGCCUCCAGCCCCGCUGAGCCCCCGGGGAGACCCUCCCCCACGCUGCCUCCGCCGCCCAAAGAGCCCCCAGGGGCCGGGGGGGACCCACCACCACCAACUGCCAGCCCUGUGCUCAAAGCAGGGGAGAAAGAGCCGGGGGUCUGCAGGCCACCCCCCAGGGCCCACAAGAAGCUGACACGGAAGGAGUGCGACCUGAACCGGCAGUGCGGCGUGCUGAACCCCGACACCAAGAAGGUUUGCACCCGCCUGCUCACCUGCAAGAUCCACUCGGUGCACCAGCGGCGCGAGGUGCAGGGCCGUGCCAAGGACUUUGACGUGCUGGUGGCCGAGCUGAAGGCCAGCUCCCGGCGUGAAGCCCCAAAAGAAAAAAGCCCCCCCAGCAAGGACCCCCCCGGCACCGAACCACCCACCCCCCCUGCGCUGCCGCAGCCCCCCGCCGCCCCUCCCGGCGCAUCGCCCUGCCGCCCCAGACCCCCCCACACCCACUGCCCGCCCCCCAGGGCUCGGCUCUCCUCCGACAGCGACCCCGAGGAGGGGGACGGGGGGCUCUUCCCCUUCCCCCUGCCCAAGGAGGGGGGCAGUCGGGGGUCCAGCGAGGACAGCGAGGAGGAGGGGGCUGCAGAGGACGCCCACCGCCCCGACUGCCACUACGCUGCCCGCCCACCGCAGCCUCAAGCGUUCUGCACCUUUGGGAGCCGUUUGGUCAGCCCGGGCUGCUACGUCUUUAACCGGAGGCUCGACCGCUUCUGCUCGGCGCUGAGCUCCAUGCUGGAGAGGCACCUCAGCUCACACAUGUGGAGCUCUCGGACCCCCCCGACGCUCACCGGUCUCCGGGACGGCCGCGUCCCCGCCGGCAUCAAUUACACGGUGGGAUCCCCGCACGCGGCCGCCGCCUGCAGCCAACCGGAGUGCGGGGGGGGCGGCAGCCAAUCCAUCACCUCCCCGCUGCCGGCCAACAUCCCUUCGCCCUCCUUCAGCAAGUUGCCUUCCACCAAGGCCAGCAAAUCCUCCCGAGCCAAGGAAGCGGCCGGCGGGACGGAACCGGAUUCCGUCGCCCGUAAACGCAAACAGCCCCUGGGGGCGGCCGCCAGCCCCCCCUACAAACGGACCUGCACCGGGGACGGGGCGAAAAGCAAAAACCCCGCCUGCCAGGUGUCGGCCCCCCCCGGCAAGACGAAAACCACCGCGGUGGCAGCGCUCAACGGCUCGGCGUGUGCGGGCGGCAGGCUGAAACGAGCGCUGCCCCCGGACUGCCGCCCCCCCCUCAGCGCCGCUCCGGAACCGCGGGGCUCUCCGUUACACGGGGCCGGGAUCCCCCCGCCCCCCCCUCGCUGCAUUUCGGAGGAUGAGGUGAAGAAACGCAAAAACUCGGCCACGUAUUGCCGACCCUCCAAGCCCAAACACGCCGCCCCCCCGCCCGCCCCCCCGCCCUCCAAAGCCCAUUAA